GCACCUACAUGAAAAUAACUCCAUCCUUAAUCCCCUGCCUAUCCGUUUUUAUCUGAUGGCUUCAGCACGGGCAGGAAGAUCACUGCGCGGCAGAAAACGAAGGCGAGUUAACAAGAUGUGGCCAGUCCCAUGGAUAAAACAAUAGAGAAAACCCUCUUCCACUUUGUCUAGCACCCUGGUGCCGUUCUCAUGCCCAGGUCACAAUGUGGCUCAUGGUGGGCUUAGUGUGUUGCCUUGUGUUUGGGGGGCUGCCAUUGGGUCUCGCCUCGUGCCCUUCCCAAUGUAGCUGCGCUUUCCACAGUAUCAACGAAGGGACGAAAGCAAGAGCAGUUCUGUGCAAUGACCCAGAGAUGACUCUCACACCCGUGAACUUCCCCGCGGAUACAUUUAAACUCCGGAUAGAAAAGACAGCCAUCCGUAGAGUCCCAGGGGAGUCGUUCCAUUCCCUCCGCAACCUGGAAUUUCUCUGGAUGCCCUAUAACUCUUUGGCAAGUCUCACUGUGACUAACUUCCGGGGUCUCCGCCGUUUGCAAGAGCUGAGGCUGGAUGGGAACGCUUUGACCACCUUCCCGUGGGAAGCCCUUCUGAGCAUGUCCCAGCUGAGGCUGCUGGAUCUGCACAACAAUGAACUUGCCUCUCUCCCAGCUGAAGCUGCUCAGUACAUCCGGAACAUCACUUACCUAGAUAUCUCGAGCAAUAAACUGGUGACGCUUCCUCAAGAACUCAUCGCUGUCUGGUCGAACCUCCAAGCGGUUCCAUACUUCCCCAAUGACAAUUCUAAGAUCAUCUUAGGUUUGCAGGACAAUCCUUGGACGUGCGACUGCAGCCUCUACGAAAUGGUCCACUUCCUCAACUUCCAGUCCCCCAACGUAGCGUUCAUUGAAUCCAGACUGAAAUGCUUCACUCCCCGGAGCUUGGCCGGAGUUUUCUUCAGCCAGGUUGAACUGCGGAAGUGUCAGAGUCCCGUCGUGCACACAUCCGUCGCCAAAGUGAGGACCAUACUGGGAAGCACUGUGCUUCUGCGCUGCGGCACCACGGGAGUGCCCAUUCCUGAGCUAAGCUGGAGGAGGGCUGAUGGAAACCCUCUCAAUGGCACAGUGCACCAAGAAAUUUCCAGCGAUGGAAUGAGCUGGUCUAUUCUAGGCUUGCCUGUCGUUUCUUACCUUGAUUCUGGAGAAUAUAUAUGCAAAGCAAAAAACUUCCUUGGAGCAACAGAAGCUUUCAUCUCCCUUAUCAUCACUGACUCAGAAAGCACAGAUGACCCCACCACAAACUCAAAAGGGACAUGGAAUGGAAAAGUGAGUGGGAUGGAAGCAGCGGCUUACAACGACAAUUUGGUAGCCAGGUACGUGAUCACCACGUCAACUUCCCCUACCAUGGGUGCUCGGUCCAUUCGUGCCAAUACAGAAGGGAACCUGGCACUUCGAGAUCAGGCACUAAAUAUGAUCAACAACCCAAGAAAUCUUUUAGCGAGUCCACCUACUGCCCAACAGGAGCCAGAGCGCAUUGUGAGGUCUGUCAGAGUCAUAGGAGAUACCGACCACAGUGUCUCCUUGGCGUGGAAAGCUCCGCAAGCCAAGAACACGACCGUCUUCAGCAUCCUUUAUGCAAUCUUUGGAGAAAGGGACAUGCGUAGAAUCAAUGUGGAGCCAGGUAAGACCAAGAUCACUAUCAAUGGCUUGAUGCCAAAGACCAAAUAUAUAGUGUGUGUCUGUGUGAAAGGGCUGAUUCCCAGGAAAGAGCAGUGCAUCAUUUUCUCCACGGAUGAAGUAGCCAGUGCAGGUGGAACCCAGAAACUUAUCAACGUGGUGGUCAUCAGCGUGGCCUGCGUCAUUGCCGUCCCUCUGACGUUAGUGGUGUGUUGCGGGGCGCUGAAAAGGCGCUGCAAAAAAUGUUUCACGCGGAAACCCAAGGAAAUACAGGACUCUUAUGUCACCUUUGAAAGCCUCUCUCCAGGCGCCAAAGCCAAAGGAAUGGAAGGGGAAUACUUGACUAGACACACACCCGAUGAAUCCAAUAGGUUGCUCUCUGCCAGGUCAAGUGUGGACUCAGAAGCAAUACCAAAGGCAGAGGGACAGCCAAACGAGUACUUUUGCUGACACUGAU